UCGAAAUUUCAUUAUAAAAACACGGUUGAGAAUUUUAUUCUGUUGAAGGUCUUAUGCAAGACGGACAUAUUCUCUUUUUGUUCCGAAAGCGGACUCUUUAUAUCAGUGGAUUGUUUCUUAGUUCACUGUUGUAUUUCGAAAAAGAUCCCGAAAGUAAGAAACUACGCAGAAACUUUGAAAUUAAUGUUGGAAAUAAGGAGUCAUUUCCACGAUUGAUUGCAGUAAAACUGAUCUUGAAGUGCAUCCAUUUUGCGGCAUGAAUCGUUUGAAAAUCUUUUUCUUCAUUGCAAUAUUUUUUCCAGCUUCUCUGAGAGCUGCAAUUUGUCCUUCGUCAGAUCAUGAGAGCUUACUGCAACCAGGGUACGAUUACAGUUACAGAUUUCUUGGAGAGGCUGCUGUUCACACACCGGAUGGCGAGAGGGAUCGGAUAUGUUUGCAAUGUGACAUCACCAUUUUUCACGUGGAUGCUUGUCAAUUUGGUCUACAAAUUGACAGCUGUUUUUUAAGAAAGAAUUCUCACGCUGAAGAUGAGACCCUAGAUAGUCUCUCAAAGUAUCCAAUACUGUUCUCUCUCGUCAAUGGCGAAAUUACGGAUAUUUACAAGAACGAAGAGGAACCACUGGACGCACUUAAUAUCAAGAGAGGAAUUCUUUCAGCGUUUAUUUUCAAAAUCUCCUAUACUCAUCAUGCUUCUCAAACGAUCAUCACCGAUAUUCACGGUACUUGUCCCUUGGCAACAAUGCCUCUGGAGGCAACUAAAGGAUCCCUUAAGACAACGAAAAACUUGAGAAUGUGUAAUAGGAAGGGUAAAGAAGAGCAAUUCAUGUUUUUCUCAAACGAGCAGAAAGGCGUAGAUUCAACCAUUGACUGUGACUACGAUAUCGACCUGGACGAGAGACGAUUAAAUCAAGUUAACUGCACAGAGAAAUACUCCGGCGGCACCAUUCACUCAAAUAUUUAUUAUCAUGUGGCAUACAAGAGUUCCCGUCAGCAGAAGGUGAAGACUGAUUUUCCUUCCACCACCCGAAGAGCAGGCAUUCAGUUCGAGCAACAGUCGCACUCAAAUCCUGAAGAUUUCGAGCGGGUGGCGCAGCUGAUGCUGUCUCAGCUCGUGGAGCACACUUCAGACGGAAUCGACUUAUCCACCAUUUCCGAGUUUAGAAGUCUCGUAACUUGGUUGAAAUCGGUCAGCAAUCUGACUACGCUAUUGACAGAAAUUCAACAGACUAACCAUUUAAGUGACGGAAUUGACACUUUAUUCAGUAAAAAGACUUUCUUGGCAUAUUUGGCUGAUGCUUUGGCGCAAUGCAACACCGUCCCAUGCAUUGAAGCAAUCUCUCAUUUGAUUAAAAGUGGGGAAUUUUCUCCACCUGAUUAUUUGUAUUACUCAUGGAGUAAAAUCCAGUCGCCGGAACCACCCUUUUUGAAGCAUAUAAAGAAUAUUUGUUACGAUACUAAUUCCAGAUUAUGCUGGUUAAUGUUUGGGAGUUUUAUUCAAAAGAUGUAUUUAAAGCAACAAAAUUUCGAUGAGUCUACAGAACAACUCUUCGAAGCAUUAAAGUGUUUAAAAGAGUCUACCAAAUCCUUAUGUGCAUCAGCAGACAGUGAUUUCGAAUUUUUACGAAGAAAUUUGGAAAUCAUUAAAAAUGUGGGUGAUGUUUACACUCUUCGUUCUUUCGAAAGCUAUAAAGUGCUGAUUGGGUGCUUUUUAAAAAGUUAUAUUCCGGAUGAUAUAAAAACGCUUAUUUUGGAGGUACUUAAAACAAUUAACCCGUACCAUGAUGAAACGUCUGAAAAGGAGAUCAACGAAGAAUUUUCCCACAUUUUACUGAAUUCUACUUUGGCCACAAAUCUGAGAAUAAUAGCCUACGAUCAAAUUAUUCUCGCUCCGCAAGAUAAAGAAUUCGGAAAAAUCUUACUGACACUUCUAAAAGCAGAUGAAAACAUACAGUUGAAAUCUCAUAUAGCAAAGAGCUUGAAAACAUUGUUUUCAACUACGAACUUGAAAAGCAGCGAAAAGGGAUUUGUCACAAUAAUGCAAGAACUGUUAGAAAAAGAGGAAUUAUCGCUGAACAGAAUGAUUCAUGCAACUGAAGCAGAUUCUACGACUACAAGCAAUUUUGUUUCGACAGAAUUUAUUCUUCAAGAAUUGAGUAACAUUGGUUAUAAAAUACUCAAUUCAAAAGACAGUUCAAUUUUUAUUCAAGUAGUUUGUAAGCUUGGCCAAAUAUUUGGAUUUGAAGAUGAGAUUUCCAUGAAAAUUUUGUCUACUUUACUGCAAGAAGUGGCGCAGGAUAUCCAAGCUCAAUUUCAGUCGCCCGAUGGAUUAUUUAAAAUUGUGCAAGAGUUGUUGGAACAGUUUCGGAUGCAUUCGAAAUCUUCUCAAGAGUAUAAUUAUUCUGAAAUCAUCCUCAACAACAUUAGGAAACUCGAGAAAAUGUACCGGAAAUAUAAACUGGAGUCGAAGAGUUUUUUCACCAGCAUUUCGGAUUUUAUUGGGAAUAUUUGGCACUAUUUCUCUUCUGGUGAAAUAUUUCAGUUGCCAACCAGGAUAUUAGAAAUGCAUGCACUGUUGAGAGAUUUGGAGAAAGGUGUGUACUAUAACACUACUAGAAUAUUCAGAAUUUUGGAAGCUCACCAGCAAGUGCCAACUAUGAUGGGACCGGUUUUGAAAUGGGACACGAGUGUAGAUCUAGCAUUCUCCUUAAGAAGUGGAUUGAAAUUAGAAAUGCAACCAGAAAAUUUCGCCUUUAUCCUAGAUGCAUUUCUUUAUCCUAGAGCUGCUUUGACUUAUUUGAACGGAAUGGUAAUUAAUCUUCCAUUCGGGGCACAGAUUGGAGUUCAAACAAACAAAUCUGCAUUUGUUUCAUCAGAGUGGAACGCAAAGUUGUACUACAAUGAGGAGAAACAAAUACUCAAUUUUGGCAAGCCAUCAAGAUCAAAAAAUGUUUUGCAGUUUUUUGACAUGCAUCGUAUAAUAAAGCACGGAGACUGGCAUGAUGGAGAAAAUGAGAGAAAAGAAAUAGCGCCAAAUUGCUCUGACGGUUUAUUAAGCUCCCUGCUAGGAAUCCAGUUUUGUGUAAUGCAGUCUCAAUCGGAUUUACCCAAGUCGAAUUACCGGACGUGGCAGAUCUUCUUACAGCCCUCUGAUAAAAAAAUCGAAUCGUACAACUUAGAAUUUAUGCGGCCACAAGAAAUGAAACCACAUGAAACGAUUGUAAAAUAUAGCACAGUCGGCAGCACAAACAGAAGAGAAAUAUUUUUCAUUAUUGGGAAUGAUAAAUUGAAGAGUGAAGUGAAAUUCCAACUGAAAAUUCCGUCAUUACCGCAAUUCAAUUUGUAUCUACGAAGUUUGAAAGGAAUAAGAAAUGACAAGACAGUAAUGAAUUUAACAUUAUUUGAAAGUUAUUAUUAUGAGCUUAUUUAUGAAGCGAAUUAUAAUUUGCUGAAGAAUCACACGGAUGCGAACAAAAUGUCCAUGGAUUCUAAAGUUCAAGAAAGAUUGCUUUCGUUCCGCUCUCCUUUUAAUAAGUACUCGGUUACUUUGAUGGAUUAUGGGAAAAAAAGAAGUGAAAGUACAAAGGUUCUUUUAACUUAUAACAGUUUCAACUUAGACAGCCGAUGGCUCUACGAAAUCCUACCCGAGUCCUUUUGGGAAACGAAUACGACGGCUUGGCUGCAGAUCUAUAUCUUCUGGAAUAGAGAAAUGAACGAAAACUCUCAGCAGCAAAUCUGCAUUAUAGAGGAUCCUCAUUCCGUCACACAUCUAUCUACGGGCUUUCUCCGCUUUAACGGAGGAGAGCGAAAAUACAUUUGUGUAUCAAAAAGACAAACUUUUGAUGGAAAAUUGCUGGCUGCGUCUCAAUUCACCUAUGGCAUCUGGAAACAAAGUGACGCCCUCAAUGAAGUCCAAACCCAAAUCUUCAAUUUAACGAUUGCACCGAAGUCAUGGGCGGUUGGAGUUUUUAAAGAAAGAAAAGGAAGCAAAUUUUCAUAUGAAGUCGCACUAUCUAGAAAUACACGCUCAUCUGAAAUAGUGGAAAUAUGUGACGAUAUUACAUCGUGGAGUGGAGGAUAUCGUAGCAUUUAUAGCGCAGACCAACCAGAGCUGAAAUUUGCUGUUGACGCAAGCAUGCAUAUUGUCAGUAGUCAAGAGUUAGCUGAAAAAUAUUCUGUAGUGAAAGAACAAGAACUGGUUGGACUUUGGAAUCAAAUCAUUGAAGCCAAUAUAAGUUUCCAUUAUCCUUUCGUGUCUGGACAAGAAUCAAUAAAAGCUGAAGGAUUUGUUAUUACUUCAGGAGGACCAACAACGACCAGGUUCCAAACGAAUUCGAUGAUAAAGAGCAGCUACCACAAUCUUCAGCUGGCGUCCCACUCAGUGUACAGAUCCGAAGAAGAUUUCACAUCUCUUCAUUAUAAUUCUAAUUUAACGCACUUUACCACGAACGAGAAGAUCUUCCACGAGGUGCACUUCUCGAUAUCCACACCUGCAGGGAAAUGCUCAGAAGCGGAGUUCAGACACACUUUUCUUUCUCGGGUGUUCGAUUUGUCAACAAUCGUCACUUAUAGGUGUAAACCGAAUCAUAUCGACUUGCACGAUCUGCGACUCAAUAUGCGAACCAAUUCCUCCCAUUGGAGCAUGCUCAAUUUGAGCAUCAGUCAACUGGUGGAGGACCAGACGCCAGAGUACACGUUCGAGACGUGCAAUGUCACCCAUCCAUUGCUGCUGAUCAACGUGACAGCCGAUUGGGUCGGGAAGGUGAGAGAUCACAAGAAGCGAGCCCUUUUCACGUGCAGAGAAGAAAACAGCCGAAGUACCGAGCUUCUUAUACAAGCUUUACAUAACGGGAAAAUGUCUGCUGAUCUCAUCAUUCCAGCUAAUCAUAUGAUUCCAGAUUCGAAGAGGCAGAAGCUUUCCUUACAAAGAACAAUUUCUUCUGAUGCCAAAACACAGAACUGCAAAAUUGUAUUCUCAAAUGACAAGACAAGUGAUUCAGAAGGUCUGUAUCUAAAAGGAGAAAUACUGAGUAAGAAUUAUCAGAUUUGGAAUUUGAAGUUACAUCUGGAAACAUGUGCUCAGAUCUAUACCUUCUUGGGAAAAGGAUAUCAAAAUGUGUUACAUCGUGCAGUCGCCAUCGCUAAGGAUAGCCAUCAUCCUGUCAAUAAAAUCUUCCACUCGAAUUUCGGAACGACUCUAUACGAGUAUUUUAAAGAUCUCUACAGUCAGGGAAAUGGCAUUCUGAUAGUUACGUGGAAGAACUUCGAAGAAAUAAUUGCAAAUCUGAAACCCGUCUACGAAGCACCAUUUAAUCUUCUGUUGAAUGUGCUGACUACCUGGAAGACAUAUCUCACUGCAAAUGAUGAUUCCAUCAUAAUGGUAGUCAUGAAUUACCUGAAAUUCUCAUACGUCUACAAUAUUAGAGAAAAUAUCUACGAGUUUCUAAAACCCAGAGAAAAAAUUCUAGAGUGGGAAUUUCUAACAAAUGGAAUAAUACAGUUGGAGUCUUUUAAUCAGUGGCCUUCGAUUUCUCACAAAGAAAUCUGCAUUGAUCCUCUCAAUAUUGAGAAAUCCAUUCAAUCGCAGCAAAGUUCAACAGAAGUAAAAAAGAUUGCUCUGAUCAUCAAUUCAUCUCACGUCUUCAGAUUCGAUGAACAUCUGUAUCCUUCCGUUUUGGCUCCCUCCGACUGCGCCUUUCUGUUGGCAAAAGACAUUCGCCAGUCUGCAUUUACAGUUUUGAGUGCCCAAGAGAGAGUCCACGUCCUCUUUUCAGAGAUCACAAUUAGUAUCAACAAAGAAAACAUCGUCUUCAUCAAUGAUAGUCGAGUACCAAGUACACUUCCUGUACAUACGAGCAGUGGCAAUGUACAUGUGAAAAAAGAUGGGACUUCUGUAGAAAUUCAAUCACCUUCUCUCACAAUAAACUGCAUUGUCCAACAAAAGAGUCACCUGUGCCUUUUGAAACUGGACUUCCAUCAGUAUUUGGACACAUUUGGUUUAUUAGGAGGUGAUUAUGGAUUCAACAGCAAAGAAUUUUCAAUGCCUGAAAGAAAAACAUCACCCAGCAUUUUGGAAUUCGUAAGCAAAUAUGAAAUUUCGGGCAAAGCUGAAUGUAAAAAUCUCAACCAGAAGAUCGAAUUUCCUACAUCAAGCGGCAAUGCAAAAUUCUGCACAAGAGUUUUACUGCAGCUGUGCCAUCUGAAUUGGAAUAUUCUACAGCAAUUUGUAGACAUGUGCAAGUUAGGCUUCAAAGAAGAUGCUAUCUCAGGAUAUUCUGCUUUAUGCAUUUAUGGAAAUUUCCUUAAUUCAACGAGCCCCAAAGGAAAUGUCCAGCAUUUUGAAAGUCAAGAGAUCGAAAUAGUUCUCGUCGUUCAAGAGCACCAUUCGUUGAAGAUUUUGGGAUCUACUCUCGAAGACAUCGAGCAGCUGAUGUUGACACUCAAUAAUCAGUUUGCAGCAAACGGUUUCUCCAAUGUUCUUUUCAGUUUGGUUGGCUUUGGUGGUCGAAAUUCACGAGACCAAUCUAUCUUCCACAUAAAACAGAGGGCAUGGCCGAAUGUGCGCGAUGCCCUGAAAAGAUUCGAGUUCGAUGGGGAAGGAGACAUCGAUAUUUCAAAUGUGCUGAGAUCAAUUUUGCAGACCAUGGAUUGCGAUUUAUUUCACUCCAAGCUCUUCCUUUUGCUAACAACAAAGGAAACACUAAAUAAGAACAAAGAUUCUGUGAGUGACGUGAAGCAGCUCCUGAAGAAGAGCGGGGACCUUCUUUAUGCGUUUUUUCCGCGUGCGUCAGACGUCAAAGAUGAAGACAUAUUGGUGUGUGCUUCACCAAAAGGAGAAUCUUCGCCAAUUGAAUGUUCUGAAGAUUUUCUACCGAAAUUGGUAUCGCGCAUGGAAAGAUCUGUUUUCUGUCUCUUCCCAGAACAUUCGGAUUCCUUUUUCGAAAAAAUAGCAGCGCACACGUGGUCAGUAACAACACAAGGAUCCCGUACGUGUUCCUCGAAUCACAAUUGGUGGAAGAAAAUGAACAUUUGCCCCAAGAUUUGAUUUUUUUUUUCUUUUUUGUAAUUUGAGUUUGUUUUAAUAAAA